GGGUGGUUUAGGCAUAGGUAGAUCUGGUAGUGUGGUAGGGACAGAAUGAAUGAUCGGAUUAUCUGGCAUGGGUUGAAUGGGGUGGAAAGUGUAUACAGGGCCAGUACUCUGUACACUACACCGUACAAGGAUGCUCUUUCGCGGCAGCAGAUGCAAAUGCGUGAGCUGUAUGAUAGAAGUGAUGCGGGUGAAAUAUAUAAUGGAGUAUCUCUCUAUCUAGUUACAUAGGGGCCCGGAGGCGUGCGUA